AUGAAUACAUCUACAUCUCAAUUAGCGAAGCGCAUGAAGAAAAAAAGUGGACGAAAUGCAAAUAAAAUAUCAAAGAUUGAUUCCUCGUUAGAUAAUGCUGUUGAAACACUAAGAUCUGUAUGCAAACUAAAAGCAACAACUAAUGAGUUUAAUGUUUUUGGUAAUCAUGUAGCGGCUCAGUUGGAAAAAUUACCAUUAAGGCAAGCAUUGGUAUGCCAAGAAAAGAUACAGAGCAUGUUGACUAGUGCCCGAUUGAACAUGAUAUCUAGACCAUUAUCACCAGUAUCAAGCGAAAUAUCUCAAACAUUUGAUGAUGAUUAUGAUGUUUUAAGUACAGAUAAUGAUACAAUUGAAAUUGUGCCACGCUUCGCUCACCCUAUAAAUGAACCACAGGAUAAUGCACAACUGUAUUAUAAUAACUGGACUGAUAAUGAUUGUUAA